AUGGGUCGUGGACGCGCAUAUAGGCGGGGACAUGGACGUGGAAAAGCGCCUGGGCGCUCCAGCGGUGGUGAGCGACGUGCUGACUACACGACCUUUGAGCAGACGAGCCCCAAGUUCGAAUCGUACUACCAGGGCCAGGGUAUCCUGCCGGCCGACGAGUGGGAGCCCUUCCUCACAGCGAUGCGCGCGCCGCUCCCGACGACCUUCCGCAUCACGUCGGGAAAGCCAACCGCGCGCCAGCUGCUCGACGCCAUGCAGAACAUCUACGUGCCCUUCCUUUCGAACGUCGAGUUCGAGGGCGAGAAAGUCACGCCGCCCACGCAGCUUCCGUGGUACCCCGAGGGCCUCGGCUGGCACCUGGAUGUGCGCAAGAAUGUUCUGCGCAAAUCUCCCGAGUUCAAGCGCUUCCAGCAGUUCCUUGUGCACGAGACAGAGGUCGGCUCCAUUUCGCGCCAGGAGGCUGUCUCGAUGCUCCCGCCGCUCUUCCUGGACGUGCAGCCUGAACACCUCGUGCUCGACAUGUGUGCUGCGCCAGGCUCCAAGACUGCACAGCUGAUCGAAGCCAUACACUCGCCCCUCACAUCUGAGCCGGACGCCUUUGACCCCAUGCCGCAGGGCGUGGUGGUUGCGAACGACUCGGACACGAAGCGCGCUCACAUGCUCGUGCACCAGGCCCAGCGUCUGCCGUCGCCGAAUCUGUGCGUCACCAAUGUCGACGCAAGCAACAUGGCCAACAUUCAGGUCGCGUGGAAGGGCGCCGAUCCUACCGACAAGGUUCGCCUGCGCGACCUCAAAUACGACCGCAUUCUCGCCGAUGUGCCGUGUUCGGGCGACGGCACGCUGCGCAAGAACCUGGCCAUCUGGAAGGACUGGACGCCUAUGAAUGGUGUCGGUCUGCAUGCGCUGCAGCUGCGCAUCCUCCUCCGAGGCCUCACCCUGCUGCGCCCCGGCGGCCGCCUCGUCUACUCAACAUGCUCGCUUAACCCCAUUGAGAACGAGGCAGUGGUCGCAGCGGCUAUCCGCCACUUCCAAGGAGGCGUGGAGAUUGUCGACUGCGCCGACAUGGUGCCGGCCCUCCAGCGCCGCCCGGGUAUGACAACAUGGAAGGUGGUGCCCGGAAAAGGCCAGCAUCUUGCUCAGUCUGCACCGAAGGAGUCCGCCGAGGGCGAAGCCACCGAGGGCGAGACCGCCGAAAAGGCCCUCCCUCCUAUGCCCUGGGUCGAGUCGUGGGAUGCACUGCAGGCCCUCGAUGCUGACCUGGCAAGCCGUACGCCCACGAGUCUUUGGCCGCAGGGCGACGAGGACGCCAUGCACAUUGAGCGCUGCAUUCGUGUCUACCCGCAUCUGCAGAACACUGGUGGCUUCUUCGUCACGGUCUUAACGAAGAAAAGCACGACGCCCGAUGAGUCUGUGUCGAUGGCGCCCGGCAUGAUCCGCGCUAUGGAAGCUAUGGCUACGGGUGACAUUCCCGUCAGCAAGCGCCCCGCCGACGACGAGGGCCCAACCGAGGCGAAGCGCAUCAAGUCGGACGCCGAGGCUGGCACCGAGGCAUCGAAGGACGACGCGCUGCCGCCUGUCGACAAGCACCGUGCAGACCGCGAUGCUAAGCGCCGUGGCCAGGCGGACGGUGUGGCCAUUGGCGCAGGUGGCAUGCCCUACCGCGAAGAUCCGUUCGCCUAUGUCGACCCAGCGAACGCCGAUGUCCAGUCGUGCAUCGAAUGGUUCGGACUUCACAACUUCCCAACGGCCAACCUGCUGGUGCGCAACCCUGAGCGGGUGCCGUUGCGCAGUGUGUAUCUGACGUCUAGCACCGUCCGUGCGAUUGUGUCAGGCGGUGGCCCCGGCAUGGGUGUGCAUCCGACGAUGAACCCACUCAAGGUGCGGCUGUUGAACUGUGGUGUCAAGGUAUUUGGCCGGCAAGAGUCGGUGAGCAAGGCUACGCAGGCACCGAAUGCUAUGGAUGUGAGCGGAGAUGCAGCUGCGCGCCGCGAAAAUGUGUCGGCAGCCUUGGCAUGCCGCUGGCGCGUUGUGAGCGAUUCCUUACACUCGAUGCGCCCAUACCUGAGCGACAAAGUGAUCAUUAAAGCAACGCUCGCUGAUCUGGCCUUCUUCAUCAAGGAAUAUUACCCUGUUCUCGACAAAAUUCCUGGUGAGGUGGGCGAGCGUAUUCGUCAGGCAGAGAUGGGCAGCUAUGUCCUGGACAUUGAGCCAAGUGAGCAUAAUGGCCACAAGCUUACGGUCCGCCUGUGUUAUCCUGUGUGGCGCUCCGUUGCCUCCGCUAAUCUGAUGCUGGACAAGCAGGAGAAGAGCGCCCUCUCGUUCCGCCUUUUUGACACGGAUCUCUCAGAUCCCGAGGGACAGCGCCAAUUCUCAAUGCACCCUCAGGCCCGCAAGAAGCAAGCUGAGCUACAGGCGCAAAAGGCGCAAGAGACCGAGGAACAAGAUGGCCAGGAAAAUGCUGUACCGACAGAAUAG